GAUGAAAUAUUGCCGUUCACACGUUCAGUUCAGUUUGUACAAUUGUGAAGUGAGGAACACCGAAAAUUGUAGUUUGUUGUGUCCAAAAUGGAAAAUCUAGACGAAGAUCUAAUUCUUGCAACGGCUGCAGUGUGCAUUAUAAAGAAGAAGAUGAAAUUGAAGGCUAAAAGGAACUGGUGUAAACCAUGGUUGCUACAAAGGGAUUUGCUUUCUCAUACCAAUUUAAUAGCUUAAUUACGCAGUGAGCCUGACGAUUUUCGCAACUAUUUGCGUAUGGACGAAGCCACAUACAUGCAUGUGCUAAAUUUAAUUACACCAAUGCUUUCAAGAGCAGACACUGUUAUGAGACGUGCAAUUACCCCCAUGAAAGGCUAUCAGCUACGCUGAGAUUUUUGGCAACAGGGAGAAGUUACGAAGAUUAAAAAUUUUCAACAAUUAUUUCCAAAUUACCUCUAAGCGCAAUAAUUCCAGAAACAUGCGUCGCAAUUUACAAGGCGUUAAAGGACCUAUAUCUAAAGAUGGAAAGCAUGUGCAGAUCGUUUCACCUCCUGGAAGUGGAUCCUACUACUUCAAUUAUAAGAAGACCCACAGUAUUGUUCUGAUGGCAAUUGCGAAUGAUAACUACGAAUUUAUAAUAUGUGAUAUUGGUACCAAUGGUCGAGUAUCUGAUGGUGGAGUAAUUGACAACACUAUGUUUAUGAAGAAAUUGCUUGAAAAUAAAUUGGAUUUGCCUACUGCAGAACCAGUCAUACAUUGCGAAACACUAUUAAAUUACGUCUUUAUCGAAGAUGAAGCAUUUGCUUUGAGGCCAGAUUUUUUAAAAUCAUACAAUCAAAAAGAGCUUGAUUAUGAAAAAAGAAUUUAUAAUUAUCGUUUGUCUAGGGCCAGAAGGAUCAUAGAGAAUUCAUUUGGAAUAUUACCUAAACAUUUUAGAAUUUUUCAUACUACUAUAAAUUUACAAGUUGAUAAUAUUGACAAAGUUGUUUUGGCUUGUUGUGUACUGGAUAAUUUCUUGCGAAUAAAUUGUUCCCAUACAUAUACAUCAAAUGACGUGUUUGAUGUUGAAGAUACUAGCAAUGGUACAAUUACUCCUGGUUUACGAACAGGCUCAGACAAUCUGUUAAAUCUUCAAAACGGUUCUAACCGGUAUCACACUGCUGAGGCAAAAGAAAUAAGAGAGCAAUUUAAAAUAUACUUUAACAAUCAUGGGAAAGUGAACUGGCAGCACGCAAUGGUUUCUAAUGAUUAGUUAUUACCCUGUUUCUAUAAACAUAUUGCCUACUUCAAUAUACUUCCACAAACUAAAUGUAAAAUAAAUAAUAAAAUUGUUUUAUUUGUGUAAUUUACCUGCACUUCAUCAAUG